CUAAACGGUUCCUUGCGGAUCCUGGCCCCAACCUUGCAUCGUUUUCUCCGUGUUGGAAUUUGCAUCCAUCUUGGGAAGCACUUACACUCACUGGUUACAGCCGGUGCGCAGGAAUAAAAAGGAAAUUUAAAAACAGACCUCUUAAGCCCCACCUUGGAUUAUACGCGGGGACAUUUAUCGUUUAGUUCUGGUGGUUCAAAAUGGCGUUGCCGAAAAGAAUAGUGAAGGAGACUGAGCGCCUUAUGGCGGAGCCGGUCCCCGGUAUCAAUGCUGUGCCUCAUGAAGACAACCUGCGUUAUUUCGAUGUCUCGAUCCAUGGACCGGCCCAAUCUCCAUAUGAAGGUGGUAUCUUCCGUCUUGAAUUGUUCUUGCCCGAAGACUACCCUAUGACUCCUCCCAAGAUUCGAUUCUUGACCAAGAUCUACCACCCCAACAUCGACCGUCUCGGACGUAUCUGCUUGGAUGUCUUGAAGAACAACUGGUCCCCUGCGCUUCAAAUCCGUACGAUUCUGCUCUCUAUCCAAGCCUUGCUUGGAGCUCCGAACCCAGAUGACCCGCUCGCAAAUGACGUCGCUCAGCGUUGGAAGGAGGAUGAGCCUGCCGCGAUACAGACCGCUAGGGAAUGGACCAGAACACAUGCCAUGACUUAGAUUAUUGAGGAGUGACUCAACAAAAUCCACUAUGACGGAAUAUGAACCAAUACGUUGUGAUGUGACCAUGAAACAAAAGUUACACUGCGAGCCUAGGCCCUACCGGCAAUUAUCUUUUGGAUCAGUCUCAUGCCCCCCUGAGAGAUCUUAUGUCAGUUCUUUGAAAGAGAGACCCUGCUAUCAUGCGUCCUUCCAAUACAUCAAUGAUAGAUCUCAGCUCUGGCUCAUGGCCCCUUUUGUGCUCCUAUACGACGAAGCAGUCGAUGCUGCAAACCCUCGUAUACAGUUUUCA